AUGUCUUUGUAUGAGGAACACGACGACGCCCCUCCUCCUUAUGAGCCACCGCAACAAACAGCUGCUUCUUUAGACCAGCCACCACCCGCAGCUCUCUCCGUGAUUGACGAUUAUGAGCGCAUUAUCAAUGAGAAGCUGGAAUCCCCUCAAGAAAAGACGAUCGAGCUCAAGUGUGUGCAUUGGACUGUCGACAACUUUGACGAGCUUCCAGACGUGGUAUAUGGACCAACAUUUGAAGUGGGAGGGCAUAGAUGGUAUGUCGAAUUACAUCCACGAGGCAACAACAAUUACGGCGUCGAUGACUAUGCUUCGAUCUAUUUGGUGUGGGAUGGCUCAUCAUCGAGUGAAGCGCCUCCUGGUUCAUCAUCCAAGGCAAAGGCCAAGAGGGUGAUCCCCGGCGGCCAUGCUUGUGCUCAAUUUGUCUUUUGCAUGUCCACACCUCGUUAUCCAACCAAUUACAAGAGCUCAGGCACACAACAUCGAUUCACACCUGACUCAUAUACCUGGGGCUAUGCUCGACAUACGAUGCUCAAUGAAACAACAACGCGUGAUCCAGAGACAAAUCGAGAAGCUUUCUUGGAGGAUGGGAAAAAGAUAAGAAUCAGCACCAUUGUUCGUGUCAUUGAUGACUCAACAGGGCUACUAUGGAUCGAUGAUGACUGCUUCAUCUCCCGUGACAUUACUGGAUACAUUGGAUUCAAGCGUUGUGAAGGCACCCUCUCCUACCUCCAUUCCAUAUUACAGCUUCUUUUUGCCAUCAAGGACUUUCGAAGAGCUGUCUAUGCUGUACCUACCGAAAAUCUGGAGCCCACCAGUCAUAUUGCCUUGGCAUUGCAACGCUUGUUUUACCAGAUGCAGGAUAGCAAGGAUUCCGUCUCUGUUUUAGAGCUUACCAAGGCAUUCGGUUGGCAGACUCUUGACCUUUAUAUGCCGCAUGACUGUGUCGAGUUUCUCUACGUGCUCCUUGAUGCAUUGCAAAGAAGGUAUCUCAAGGAAAAUGUUGUCCCAAACUUAUUCGAAACCACGAUUCGGCAAAAGGAUGGCUAUGCAAAGAAGGAAUAUGUUCUUCCAUUGAACACCGUGGGUUGUGCAUCAUUGGAUGCAAGCUUCGUUGAAGCUAUCAAGACAUCAUUCACCAUCGAGACUCUUCCAUCGGUGCUACUUUUACAAUUGAAACACUGGAAAUACAAUGCACAAGCAAGAACACUUGAGAAGGUCUAUGACCGCUAUUCUUAUCCGCAAGAACUUGACAUGGGAUUAUACAUCGACAAAAAGAACGACAAGUCUUCAAAGGAGUCCUAUCCAUAUGUUUUAUUCAGUGUCAUCAUGCACGAUGGUACCAUGGCUCAAGGCGUCAACAACGUGUAUAUAAAACCAGAGAUGGAUAAGGAUAACUGGUACAAAUUUGAUGGAGACAAAGUGUAUCCUGCCAAGGUGGAGAAUGUGCUUGACCCUCGAUCAGGAUUGAAGGCAGAUAAAAACACAGCCUAUGUGCUUGGCUAUAUACGCAAAUCUCAGCUUCCUUCCGUGCUUGCCGAUAUUAAAUCAAAGGAAAUCCCAUCCCACGUCAUGGUCUCGACAUUAGCUGACGCACUUGAUGCACAUGAACCAUUUCGCUGA